UCAACAUUGUUUGAGACAGGAAAGCCUAAACCAGGGUACUUUUUGUGCAGAUCUCUGUUUCGCUCCUCCUUCCCAUUUAUUUCAUAUACAUCUUAUAUUCUGAUGCAUUAAGACAAUGUUCACGUUUUCAUUCCUUACUAAGCUACAUGUAUAUCCAAUUUUGAUCAAAAUCUUCACUAUUUGUUGCUUUUAAUGCAGAUUAAAAACGUCUAUUCGAAUGUCAGACACUCCUGGUGUUAUUCCUAACAUGCCUGUUGGUUCACAUCAGUCAUCUACUAGUGCAAAGUCUAAUACAACUAAACGAAAAGAGAUAUAUAGAUACAAUGCUCCUUGGUGUAUUUUCAGUAUGAACUGGUCUGUCAGACCAGAUAAACGCUUUCGUUUAGCUGUGGGUAGUUUCAUUGAGGAGUACAAUAACAAAGUCCAAAUUAUAUAUCUAGACGAUGAACAAGGAGAGUUCGUUGUACAAAGUACGUUCGCACAUCACUACCCGACGUCAAAAAUAAUGUGGAUCCCUGACACAAAGUGUAUUUUCCCUGAUUUACUUGCCACAAGUGGUGAUUACCUUCGUGUUUGGAGAAUAAACGAAGAUUCUGAAGUUAAAAAUGAAUGUUUAUUGAAUAAUAAUAAAAAUUCGGAUUAUUGCGCCCCACUUACUUCCUUUGAUUGGAAUGAAGUAGACCCAAAUAUCAUCGGAACUUCUAGCAUCGAUACUACAUGCACUAUCUGGGCCCUUGAAACGGAGCAGGUGAUCGGCCAUACAAAUGUUGUAAGUGGACGCGUAGAAUCUCAGUUAAUAGCCCAUGACAAAGAAGUAUAUGACAUAGCUUUCAGUCGUGCUGGAGGCGGAAGAGAUGUUUUCGCCAGUGUUGGUGCAGACGGUUCUGUACGUAUGUUUGAUCUUCGGCAUUUGGAGCAUUCUAAUAUCGUGUAUGAAGAUUCAAAUCAUUCCCCACUUUUACGCUUAGCUUGGAAUAAGCAAGAUGCAAACUAUUUAGCGACAUUUGCAAUGGACUCCGUAGAAAUAAUUAUUUUGGAUUUACGUGUACCAUGCACUCCAGUAGCUCGUCUAAAUAAUCACAGAGCAUUUGUAAAUGGAUUAGCAUGGGCACCACAUUCAAGUUGUCAUUUAUGUACAGCAUCUGAAGAUUGUCAAGCUCUUAUCUGGGAUAUUCAGUCUAUGCCAAGAGCAAUAGAAGAUCCUAUUCUAGCAUAUACAGCUGCCGGUGAAAUUAAUCAAAUCCAAUGGUCAUCAACACAACCAGAUUGGAUAGCCAUUUGUUAUAAUAAUUCGUUAGAAAUUUUACGAGUAUAA